AUUCAUUCUUCUACACUUAUCUGCGGAAAGUUCCAGCUUAGAUAUGGAUAUUCUCUGUGAAGAAAAUGCCUCUCUGAGCUCGUCUCUGAACUCCUUAACUCAAUUAGCAGACGACGCAAGGUUCUAUAAUAAUGACCUUAACUCGGGAGAAGCCAACACUUCAGAUGCAUUCAACUGGACAGUGGGCUCUGAAAACCGAACAAACUUGUCCUGUGAAGGCUGCCCCUCACCACCAUGUUACUCCUUACUUCAUCUCCAGGAAAAAAACUGGUCUGCCUUGCUGACAGCUGUUGUGAUUAUUCUAACCAUUGCUGGAAACAUACUCGUCAUCAUGGCAGUAUCCCUAGAGAAAAAGCUGCAGAACGCCACCAACUACUUCCUGAUGUCACUUGCUAUAGCUGAUAUGUUGCUAGGCUUCCUGGUGAUGCCUGUGUCCAUGCUAACCAUCCUGUAUGGAUACCAGUGGCCUCUGCCAAGCAAGCUCUGUGCGGUCUGGAUCUACCUGGAUGUGCUUUUCUCCACGGCCUCUAUCAUGCACCUCUGUGCCAUCUCGCUGGACCGCUACGUUGCCAUCCAGAACCCCAUCCAUCACAGCCGCUUCAACUCCAGAACAAAGGCCUUUCUGAAAAUAAUUGCUGUUUGGACCAUAUCAGUAGGUAUAUCCAUGCCAAUACCCGUCUUUGGGCUCCAGGAUGAUUCCAAAGUCUUUAAGGAAGGGAGCUGUUUGCUGGCUGAUGAUAACUUCGUCCUGAUUGGCUCCUUUGUGUCGUUUUUCAUUCCUCUAACCAUCAUGGUGAUCACAUAUUUUUUGACUAUCAAAUCACUCCAGAAAGAAGCUACUUUGUGUGUGAGUGAUCUUGGUACCAGGGGCAAACUAGCUUCUUUCAGUUUCCUCCCUCAGAGCUCACUGUCUUCAGAAAAGCUCUUCCAGCGCUCCAUCCACAGGGAACCGGGGUCGUAUGGCAGGAGAACUAUGCAGUCCAUCAGCAAUGAGCAGAAAGCAUGUAAGGUGCUGGGCAUUGUUUUCUUCCUGUUCGUGGUGAUGUGGUGCCCCUUCUUCAUCACCAACAUCAUGGCCGUGAUCUGCAAAGAAUCCUGCAGCGAGGACGUCAUCGGAGCCCUGCUCAAUGUGUUCGUGUGGAUUGGCUACCUGUCCUCAGCCGUCAACCCACUCGUGUACACGCUGUUCAAUAAGACCUAUAGGUCAGCUUUUUCACGGUAUAUUCAAUGUCAGUAUAAGGAAAACAAAAAGCCGUUACAGUUAAUUUUAGUGAACACUAUACCAGCCUUGGCCUACAAGUCUAGUCAACUCGAAACGGGCCAAGGGAAGAAUUCAAAGGAAGAUGCCAAGGCAACGAAUAAUGACUGCUCCAUGGUUGCUCUAGGAAAACAACAUUCAGAAGAUGCUUCUACAGAUAAUGUCAACACGGUGAAUGAAAAGGUUAGCUGCCUGUGAGAGACCGGUUACCAUAGUAACUGGGGCGCACUGAGCAAGUUUUCACCUAUCUGAAA